UAAACUGUGCGCCGAGUUUUCCCCAGACAGCGGCAUGUAUCACAACAGCACGCAGAGGAAGUUUUGGACUUUUCCAAGCGAGGACGAGCUAGCUCGCCUGAGGGUUCAGGCGAAUGGCAAGUGCCGAGCAAGGAUACGAGCCACGGGGAAGCCUCAGUUAUUGGAAAUCUUCUGUUUGGAAUCUCAAGAAGAGCUAAUCAUCUGCAAAUAUUAUGAGAAGAGACUAAUUGAUUUCUGCAACAAUUUCAAGCCCACAAUGCCCAAAUCGGUUUUGGGAACAGCAUGUAUGUACUUCAAACGCUUUUAUCUCAAUAAUUCUGUCAUGGAGCAUCAUCCUAGGAUAAUAAUGUUGACCUGUGUGUUCUUGGCUUGCAAAGUAGAUGAAUUCAAUGUAUCCAGUGCACAGUUUAUGGGUAAUCUAGGUGAAAAUCCUCUUGGACAGGAGAGGAUACUUGAACAGAUCCUGGAGUAUGAACUACAGUUGAUCCAACAGCUGAAUUUUCACCUUAUAGUACACAAUCCUUACAGACCUUUUGAAGGCUAUUUGAUUGAUUUAAAGACUCGGUAUCCUGUACUUGGGAAUCCAGAAGUGCUUAGAAAAGCUGCUGAUGACUUCUUGAAUCGCGUUGCAUUGACUGAUGCGUGUUUACUGUUCACUCCAUCACUGAUAGCACUCACUGCGAUAUUAUCCAGUGCUUCAAGGGCAGGACUGAAUGUUGAAAGCUAUUUAACAGAUGUCCUUUCAUUAAAGGAUAACCGAGAUGCCAUGGCUCAAUUAUUAGAUGGAAUGAGACGACUGAAGAUAUUGGUUACAAAAUAUGAAUAUCCCAAGUCUGAAGAUGUUGUGGUCUUUAAGAAGAAACUGGAGAAAUGUCAUAGCAGUGAGGUUGCCUUGAAUGUUAACACAAGAAAGAGGAAAGGUUUUGAGGAUGAAGGCUAUGUAUCAAAGAAGCCUAAAACUGAAGAGGAAGAAUGGAGUGAUGAUGAUUUGGUUGAUUCCCUGUGAGUGGGAGCCUGAGAAACAAGACAUGGUUUCGGGCCGUAUGGAACUUUUUUUGUAUAUACAUGAACAUAAAUUUUCUUUUAAAACCUAUGCAGGUCAAGAGUAUUUGAUAAUUAAAUUUUGUAAAUUAUACACUA